AUGAAAAUAUUCCAAGAUUCGACACGGGCAUGGCUCGACAUUGCCGGGAUUGGAGCCACUGUUCUUCAGUAUGGAAUAGAUAUGGGAUUCUGGGGUCACGAACACUCCUACGAACGAAUUUUAUCCUAUUGCCGACCGAAAUUUUGGAAUUCGUCUGAUGCUUACACCAAUCCAAAGGCUCCAGUAUAUGUCAUCUCCGGAUCAGCUGGCUGUCACUCAGCUUACGCAUUAUUCUCCGACACGCCAUGGCCCUUCAGUGCUGCAAGAUUCAAUGACUACGGCUAUACGAUCCUCACCGUCGCCAACUCCACUCAUCUACACAUGGAACAAAUCUCGAUCGAGAAAAACGACACUACUAUCGAUGAAAUUUGGAUUAUAAAAGACUAA